UGAGUGUGUCCAAAGCCACUGAAGUCUGCUAGAUGCAUGUGAACCGGGGUGAUCCCUCCUCUCCUUCCUCUCUCUCUCUCUCUCUCUCUCUCUCUCUCUCUCUCUCUCUCUCUCUCUCUCUCUCUGAUCACUCCUCUGUGCGGACACACAGCGGACAGUCGCCCCCCGUACCCGGCUCUCCUCCAUCCACCUCGGGCUUAUCUCAUCUCACCGGAUCGCCCCCGGUGCCGACCCGUACCGGCUCCUACCCCUCUGUCAUCUGAAUCACACACACACACAUUCACACACAUACAGAUGCGGUCGUGUUUCACUUUCUUUGCCUCCGAGGACCCGUAUCUCUCUCAUCUCUUCCCUGAAUCUUUGUUUCAGGACGCCAGGCUGCGGCUGCGUAAUGCUCCGCAGCAGCAGCAGCAGAUGUUUUGAGCGACGCAGCCAAUAGCAGCCUCCUUCUACAGUGACCACAGCCUGAUGCUGAAAUCCCUACAUUCAUGAGAAGGCAACAGGAAGCAGAUUAGCGAAGGGAUUUAAAUGCAAGAACACAUAUGCACACACCCACUCACAUGCACAGGGGAUGCCGCAGUUCAAGGAUUUAAUGGCUUUCUAACAGUGAAUCUCUGAAUGAACUCAUCUGAUUGACAACUGGUAUCAUGGAAGAAGAGGAGGAGCCAACAGAGCCUCACUGAAUGUAAAUACAGUGACCCCGCCUCCUUUUUUCUGCCCGACAGUUUAGACUUUGACUGGUUAAGGAGGAUUACAGGCUCGUAAUAAGCACAGUGGAGCAUGCAAAAACAGACAAGACUGUUUCUAUGGAUACCCCUGCCAUGGGUAGUAUUAAAACGACUCGCUGACUAUCUGCACAUGAAGAACAUACAGCAAGGGAUUAGAAGUUCAUUCCUGUAACAGGCUACAGUAUCAAAUUAAAUCUGUAGAGAAGAGAACACAUUCUUUUCAAGAAGAAAACAGACACACAAAAAAAUACCUUUGAACAUGUGGACGCUUUAACACCAAGUUUAGACUCCAAGCUGAAGUCGGAGAACUUGUUUGAUGUGUGAUUUCUUCCCACUUGGUUUUAUGUAUUUUGAUCCUUUCUGAAGUUUUUCUCUCAGACCUUUCCUGUGCUGAAGAGAGAUUAUUCAAAAAAGUAAUAAAUAUGCCGUGUCCUCAUGUUAGGAUAACACGAAUAACAAGCUGGGAUCAGUGAAAGGGUGGUUUAGUAAGCAUCUGCCCACACAAGCCCAGAAGAAAAGUUGAAGAUGACGCACAAAGAAGCUUCAUUUUAGACUUUAGAAAACUGAGCACACGUCAGGCCUCUAUAAUUACCACCACCUUCUAUCUGACUGGUUGUGACACCUUUGCUUUUACAAGAAAUCACCAGCUAUCUGAGGAAAAAUGAGCAGUGAGUAAGGUUUCGGGCUCACCAGCAAGAUGUGACCUUAUUUGCAUCCAUUAGUAAUUUUUUGUGGGGUUCAUCACACUGAAGGUACCUGGAAUCUGUGUCUAACAUCUGUAUCUAACAGACUGAGCUACCAUGGCUAGACAGGACACCCCCCUCUUUCUCCACGGCUUUGACCUCAGCGGCCACUUUGUUGACCUUCGACCUCUUGGUACCGGUGUCACGGGCCUGGUCCUGUCAGCAGUGGAUCAGCGCACCGGACAGCGUGUUGCCAUUAAGAAGCUGGUGAUGCGUGAUACUGUGACAGUGAAACACGCCCUGCGGGAGGUCAAAAUCACCCGGAGGCUGCACCAUGAAAAUGUAGUGCGUGUUCAUGAGGUUUUGGCGCCUUAUGGACGGCCACUGCCCAGAGACCCGACGCAGCUCAGCGCUCUGUACAUCGUGCAGGAGUGUAUGGAGACGGAUCUGGCCCGACUGCUGGAGCAAGGGCCACUACCAACAGGUCACGCUACUCUGCUGUUCUACCAGCUGCUGAGGGGACUGAAGUUCAUCCACUCAGCGAACGUCCUGCACAGAGACUUAAAACCUGCCAACAUAUUCAUCAACACGGACCAACUGCUGCUCAAGAUCGGAGAUUUUGGGCUGGCCAGGAUAGUUGACCCUCACUAUUCUCACAAGGGCUAUCUCUCCGAGGGUCUUGUAACAAAGUGGUAUUGUUCCCCACGUCUGCUCUUGUCCCCAAACAACUACACUAAGGCCAUAGAUAUGUGGGCUGCUGGCUGCAUACUGGCUGAGAUGCUCACUGGACGCAUGCUAUUUGCAGGAGCCCAUGAGCUGGAGCAGAUGCAGCUGAUUCUUGACUCAGUGCCGGUGCUGAGGGAGGAGGACAGACAUGACUUGUUGCAGGUGAUGCCUUCAUAUGUCAGUCAUGGAUGGAGAGUCAAGAAACCCUUCUCUGAAUUGCUGCCUGAAGUGGACGCUCAAGCUGUGGAUUUCCUUGAGCGUAUCUUGACUUUUCACCCUAUGGAUCGGCUAACAGCUGAGGCGGCACUGUCCCACCCGUUCCUCCAGCAGUACUCCUGUCCAGAGGAUGAGCCGACGUCGACACAUCCCUUCCGCAUCGAGGACGAACUGGAGGACAGUCUGAUCACUGAGCAGAGCCUCAGUAACAGCAACAGUCAGGCCUCAAGCAUCCACUGGGACAGGUAUGAGAACAGUUUAUCAACAGAUGUAUGCUGGCAGCACUCUGGUGGCAAGUGUCGCUGCAUGCCCCCCGGACACAUUACCUCAGAUAUGGGAGACACCACUGAAGACGAGGAGGUGCAGAGAGACCCUCGGGCAAACUCUACUUCUCUGUUAGAGGAGGCACAGGUUGACCCACGCAAGUAUUCCCACAGUAGCUCAGCUGAACGCUUCCUGGACAACUCCCACUCCUCUCUGGAUCGGGCUUCCGGUUUAGGGUUUGGAGAACUGGACUGCGGCCGCUCCUGUGACUACAAAGUGGGCUCUCCUUCAUAUCUUGAUAAAAUAGCUUGGAGGGAGGGGAAGCCACAGCACUACUCUGAGCCUAAGCUGAUCCUGGAUCUGUCCCAUUGGAAGCGCAACACUAGCAGCCUCCCUGUUCCUGUGGAGCCUAUCGGUGGCAGCAUGGAGGACCUGGGGGAGAUGCAGGAGGAGAAAGCAGAAGAAGAACAAGAAGAAAAAGAAGAAGAGGAAACUGCGGAUUUAUUCCAGGAGAUUUCUCGCUGGGUAGAAAGCACACACGCUCGCCUCCAUUCGCCAAGUCCCAGCCCUUCAUUCGAGCCACGUUCCCCCACCUGCUACACCUCCUCCCCCCCUCUGCCUCUCUCUCCGACCGACCAGCCGACCCCAGUCUUCCACUACACUGAGGUUGAGCGUCCACCGUCAGCCGACUACGACGAGUUCAACCUGCUUCCACCGGUCACGUCUUCCUCGAAUUCUCUCCCUUUUCUUCUCCCGUCGUCUCCCACCUGUCCCAUUCCUCCCCAGUCACCUGUAACAGAGUCUCCGCCUCCCUCACCUCUUUUUCCUCCCCCACAGCCUUCACCUCCUUCUUCCACUUCAUCUGUUUCUCAGUCAGUAAAUGACAGUUCCUUCGAGCCGCUGCCCGUCAAGCAAAAAGAGCGUUUGUUUGACCUGGAUGUGUUCAUCUCUAGAGCACUGAAACUGUGCAGACAGAAUAAAGAAAAAGGAGACGGGAAAAAAGGAAAAGACGGAGGAUGGAGGGAGGAAACGAAACAGCCAAACAUUCACAAAAGGGUGCCCAGGCUUCCAGAGCAUAGGACUCCACCUCCACAGACUCCCAACUCCUGAGUGAGGGACGUCCACAGUUGAAAAAUGGUUUAUGCUGCUUGAACUUUAGACCUUACUUUUAGCAGCCGUUCUCUUCUAUUGCAACGACAUGACUUCAAAACCUUUACUUUAUUAAACAAGCAAUCCUGCAGCUUUGUGAAGAGGUGCUCUCAGGCAAUAAGAGUCCAUAACCAUUUUCAGUUUAAUAUAAAUAACCAAUGCUUACCUUUGAAAAUACCAUCGAUUUAUUCCAGGUGAUAUAUUCCCGGUUUGACCCUCUAUUCAUACUUGGACAUUCAUGGUUUGUUAUCAACAGUCUGAAAAUAGGUCAAACUUUCACUCAGCAGUGAGUCAUAAAUUGGGUAUUCAGUAACACAUAGUUUGGUCUUAUUUCCUACACAUGAUCCCUUGCUGUCAAUUUGUCAUGAACUUCUCUGAAUGUCAGGGUGUCUUCCAGUGGUGAUGCUCACCAAAUAACGAUAGCAAAACAGGAAAUGCUAACUCCAGGUUUCUUUGAAUGUAUUAACUGAAAAAUAAUCAGUCGAAUUAUGCUACUUUGAACCAGAGGGAUUCACUCUGUUGCUAUUUUCAAUGAUACUUCCCAGCUCCGUCAGUGCAACAUGCCUUGUAAAACUUGUAUAAAACUGUGGUUAUAUUUAAUUCUAUAGUAUAUUUCUAAAGACUAUUGUUAUUGAUAUUCUUGUGUCUAAAAUAUUCUUCGUUGAAUGCUAGAGCACAACUUUUGUUUAUUUGGAGUGAGUUGUGUUUUGUUUCAAUGUGGAAUGCUGUAUGGUAAUAAUUUAUAAUUUAAUUCAGCAGAUGCUCUAGUUAGAUACAAACAGUUUUCAGUUCAUACCUGGUUUUCCUUAAACACCAAACCAACCUGUUGUACAAACACUAUCUGGUAGCUAGCCAAAUGUCUUUUUUUCUUUCUUUUUUUUUUUUUUUCUUACUUAAAUGCAAUUUACGGAAAGCUUUCAUGCAAACAACUGUAGCCUAUAUUUUAGAGGUUGUAGAUCCCUCAAAAAAACACUUUGAAGGGAUAUGAUUUAUAAUUAAGAAUUUACAAUGCUGCC